UCGCUUUCUUCGCUACUCCCGAAAAGCAGCACAAGUGGCAUAUCCAGCUGAAUAGUCUCGCCCAACUCGAAAACGAAAAGGUCGACGCCUAUGCGACCAAGUUUAAGAAGCUCUUAAGUCGAGUAGAUCCGACCAACUCCCUACCCGACCAGUAUAUUGUGAGAAUGUUUUUAAGUGGGUUGAAAGGAAAAACAGCCACCUUCGUAGCGGUAACGUCCCCGAAUAGCCUUAACGAAGCCAUUGCGGCAGCGAGGAAAGUUGAAGCCGGCGAAUACUACGGCACCCACCUACACGAGACCCCAGUAACCCCUGAUAAAAAGGAUGAAUUAAUUGAGGCGUUAGUCAAGCAAGUGCAGCAACUAUCGGUUAACUAUGUUGCAGCAACCAAUCAGCAAGAAAAGGAUACACGCGAAAAGGAGCGAUAUAAGGAGAUCUCCAAGCCCAGGAAAGAAAUCGUUUGCUAUAGGUGCGGCGAGAAGGGACAUAUCGCGAGGUAUUGUUUGUCAGAAAAGAAGUAUAAAGAGCCUAAUGAAGAGGAAAGACGUCCGACAGAUAACGUUAGAAGAGUGAACUACUGUGAAUACGAAGAAGACGAGUUAUACGUAGUAGAUAAAAGAAAACAGCAAGUGCAACCUGAUACUCCCGACAAAAGACCUAGGUUGCAGCCAGAAUCGAAGUGGGACAAUAGACUUCGACCCCGAACAGAAAACGAACCACUUCUGGUAGACGUAGGAGGCCAGAUAGAGCCCAUGGAGCUAGGUGAAUCGAGGUCGAUUAAGAAACCUAGGAGAAAAAGAGGACCGUCCGUUAUCGAUAGACUCGAAAUAGACGAAUUAUUUUAUAAUCCAUGGGAAGAGUCAGCAAGUCCGGCCUUGUAUUUGACAGAUAUAGAGGAAAUGCCGACGAAGGAGGAAAAAGAAACUGAACUUACAGUGGAAAAGCAGAUAGAAAAGUUCCUCCAGAACGAAACUCUAACUAAAGAAGAGAAGGAAAAAGCAGCCGCGUUUUUUCAGCAAGAAAGAAACCUAUUCACGAGUGAUAUGCAGGGACUUGGGGAAACAACCGUGAUAACCCAUCGAAUCGAGACCGGCGAGGCCAAGCCGAUAAAGCAGAAGGCGUCGGGAAGUACCCAUUGGAAUGCAGACGCCUUAUCCCGAAUAAAUGGAACCGAAGAGGUCGCAGAAGUGUAUAUGGCCAUAGAAGAGGAUAGUAACCAAGAGUCAGAAAAAGAAAAGGGCGAAGAGCAAAUAAAGAAGAAACGAACCAACUUACCCGAGUUCGAGGAAGAAACAAUCGAACUGAGGACCCAACCAACCCCUCUAAUGCAGUAUAUAAAGCUGGGAACCAAGUAUAGGAGAAAUUUGGAAUACACUGGGCCGAGUAAAUCGGACUGGGUAAUUUUCGGAGCGAAACAAGAACUGAUUAGAAGAAACUACUUACGCGACACCGGAAUCGAUUUAGGAUAUACCGAGCCACUAAACGUACAAGCAAUUGAAGAAGAACGAAACGCCAAUCGGAGGGAGGACCGAAGAGUAAUUAAUCUUGGAGCAAUGAGAAGAGAAAGUAACAAUUAG